AUGGCAGACCUGCUCUCACCAUUCAGUUCAACUGCGCUCGCUGCAUUGCCUAGAAAUCCUACAGGACAUAGAGAAAGGGAGACUCGUGCGGAUAGAAUUCCUUCUGAUCCGAAUUAUGGAACGAUGGACUUGCCACCAGGAGUGCGAGUGCCUCAGAAACUCGCGACUCCUAUCAAGGUUGAAGGCAAAGUCUGGCUAGCUGCAGAGCGAAGUGAGCAACUUUUUACUGCUAUCGAGCUAUGGUUAUGGCCAUUUUACGUUGCUAACAUGUACCGAAUGUUUUCAGCAUGGAUUUCGUAUCUAAACAUUGCGCUCCUGCUCGCAAUGCUCGCUCUUACCCUGUUCAAUGCAUCUCCAGAUGAAAUAUCAAAGAAAUUUGCCUACACAUAUGCUCUUAUUAGUAUAGGAGUUUUGCAAGACACAGCCGUAGGUUUCGAUGCGACAUUUGAGAGGGCCGCAGAGGGACCAUGCUUACCAUCUAGCCCUGUUUCGCUAGCCGCAUCCGGCCACAGGCACAUGCAAAUAUCUCAAACUCCCUGA